UGCUACAGUUAUGUUUUACAUCGUUGGACUCGGGCUCUGCGAUGAGAAAGAUAUCACCGUGCGCGGCCUAGAGGCUGUGAAGGGAUCUACGCGGGUAUAUCUGGAGGCAUAUACCAGCAUUCUGAUGGUUCAGAAAGAACGGCUGGAAGCAUUUUACGGGAAAGAACUGAUCGUGGCGGAUCGCGACAUGGUCGAGACGCAAAGCGACGAUAUCCUUGCCAACGCCGGUACAGAAGACGUCUCCCUGCUCGUCGUGGGGGACCCGUACGGCGCCACGACGCACACCGACAUCGUCCUCCGUGCGCGCGCACUGAACAUCCCUACGCGCGUGAUCCACAAUGCCUCGAUCAUGAACGCGGUGGGCGCAUGCGGCUUGCAGCUGUACAACUUCGGGCAGACGGUCUCGCUCGUGUUCUUCACGGACUCUUGGCGGCCGGACAGCUUUUACGACCGCAUCAAGGAGAAUGCGGACCUCGGCAUGCACACGCUCGUACUGCUAGACAUCAAGGUCAAGGAGCAGAGCGAAGAGAACCUUGCAAGGGGACGGAAAAUCUACGAGCCGCCGCGGUACAUGUCUAUUCCAACUGCGGUUUCGCAGCUCGUCGAGGUCGAAGAGAAGCGGCAAGGCGGGUCGCUCAAGCCUGACGAAACUCUAGCAAUAGGCCUCUCACGCGUCGGCGGCGGAUCUGAGGAGCGCGUCGUGGCAGGGACCCUUGCAGAGCUGCUAUCCCAGCCGCCCGAGGUGUUCGGGGAGCCGCUGCACAGUCUGGUCAUCGUCGGCAAGCGGGUGCACCACUUGGAGGUCGAGUAUGCGGAGAGCUUUGCAGUGAACAGGGAGACAUGGAGGGGUGUGGCACAGCGUGUGUAUGGAUGCUCCCUCGACUGAAUAAUUACAGGGACUGGGGCAGUCUCACCGAGUACACCG